AUGGGCUUGAUGGUGAAGUACAUCAAUAAGGGCUAUGGCAACGAUCUUGAACAGCAGCGCGCCCAGCGUCAAUCUGACGGAGUGCGGUUGGCCGGUAAUUCCUCUGCGGCCACCAGUCGCGAGCGCCACGAUAUUCGCCGACUGGAUGUAUUCUCCUACCCGUUCCUGCUGGCGUUGGCCACCCUGGGCAACACGCUCAACAUUAUCAUCCUCAAGCGCGAGAAACCCUGCACCUCUAAGAACGUCUAUUUGAUCGCCAUCGCCGCGUCUGACAUGAUAUUCAAGUGGAGCGCGCUUAUGUUCUACAUAAUUAAUUUCGACGGAGAGGUGCACGGGAUGCCGCGACCGCACCUGUACGCUGCCGUCCGGCCAAUCCAAGGUUUCGGCGCUUUUUGUCAAGAGACAGCUGCCGUGUUUUCCUCCUGGGUUAUCGUGGCGUUCAGCGUGGAGCGCUUCAUUGCCAUCAAGUACCCACUGCGGCAUAUGAUCAAGGAUAAUCUCCGUCAGUCACGUGUCAACAUUGGCGCAAUUCUCUUCAGUGCCGUCCUACUGGUAAUCCAUCGCUUAGUGGACUACUACCACUAUUAUGUCCGCUACGGCGGGACGAACGCGCCGCACCGGCGUACGACGAUUCUCUUGAGCUGGAACCUCAUCUAUACCUGGCUAAUUGUACGUAUUUAG